AUACAAGAGAGGACUCUUUGAGACCCCACUUCCUUUUCCUUUUCCUUACGGUCAAGAUGCUCCUCCUCCAGCUUCUCCUGCUCACUUCAAGCCUCCUCGGUGACCUCAUCUUCGCUGGCUCUGCAUUCUCUCGACCUCGACCUCGACCUCGACCUCUAUGGAAGGGAGCAUUUGAUCACCUGACGCCUGGGCUCGCCGCUGUUCUGGAUGGCGACCCUCGACUUAAAGAAGAAACAGUUGGCAAAGUCUCUCGUCUGUUUGUCUAUCCCAUCAAGUCAUGCCGCGGCCACGAGUACGGACCAGGCACGAGCCUCGAUAUCCUCACUAAAGGCUUCAAAUACGAUCGACACUGGGUCAUCUUCGCAUCGAGGGAGGAGGGUGGGAAAGGAGAGAAAUUAAGCCUACGGGAAGAUCCUCGUUUGACGUGGAUCAACACGCACAUCGAUGAAGAGAAGGGCGUGCUCCGAAUCGAGGCUAGCAAGUUGGCCAAUGUACCAGACUUGAAAACGCUCGAGAUCCCUCUUCAGCCGAGCGCCAAAGAGUUCGAGUCUUGGAAGAAGGUCGAGGUAGAGAUGUGGGGAGACUCUUCACAUGGCCGUGCAGUCGACUUCAGGAAAGGCGCCGUGCACAAGUGGUUUCAGGACUUUCUCGACAAGGCUGAACAGAAAAAUAAAGCGCACAAGGAGUGGCACCAAGUUCAGCUCAUACAGCACGACCCUUCGGCGGGACUGACAAGAAAAGUGUAUGAGCCAUGGAAGCCGGCUCAUGACGUCAACAAGAUGAAGCCAGACGAGAAAGAGCUAUACCUCGAAAACAAGAAUCUCGCAUUUCAGGAUGAAUACCAGCUGCACAUCACGACGGAAUCGUCAUUGCAUCGCUUCAACGAGGCCAUGGUAUAUCUUCUCCAGAAUCGAGAGAAAGACAAGAAAGGUUUGAAACUGCUUACUGAUGAGGAUCGAGAGAAUUGGAAAGAUUUCUCGACGAAUGAAAAGGACGAGAUGAGCUUCAAGAUGGAGCUAUUCCGACCCAACAUCGUCAUCGAAGGCGACCACUAUGCCUUUGCUGAAGAUUCGUGGGAUAUGAUGUGGCUUGGCGAAGAGAGCCAGGGGUGGCAGGCCAAGAUAGGGGCAAUCUCGAGGUGCAAGCGCUGCGGCCUGAUCUAUGUCGACCCCAUUUCCUCCUUCAUACGAUUGGUUCCGAUGAAAGUCCUCGACCUGUUUCACCAUAGAGUCAAGAAAGUAGAUGAACCAAAUGCGAAAGGGGCGGAAGGAGCGUGCUUCGGCAUGAUGUUUCGCCCGCUUCGCUUAGAUGGAAAGGUGACGAGCAUAGAGGAUGAAGCGGAAGUAGAUGAACAUGAAGCUAGAAUUGCGCUAGAGGAGAAGGAACGCAAAGGAAAAGGCAUCUUGCACUACGGUGGGAGUAGUCAGGAGGAAGAGCUAGAGAACGAGAAGAGCGAACCAUACGAGAAGCUAGGCGCCGUCGCCAUUGGUGACACCGUGAGAGCGCGCUGGCGUCCGCUCAGUGAAGACGAUGAGGUGUUCAGGAUCCACGCCAAAGAAACGAUCGAGGAGCUCUAUGCCAGGGCUGUAAAGGAAAAGAAAGCACGCAAAGAGCGAGCCUCGACUUCCUCUUAG